CAGUCUGGCAUCUCUGCGUUCCAGCAUUCCUCUUCUUUGUGUCAACAAGUCCCGCCUCCCCCUGUCAUCGUAUUGCCUCGCAUCACUUCGCUCCUCCCAGCCCAGGUGGAUCCCUGACUCACUUUACUCCUGGCUUUGAGUGAGCUUCCAGUUCUUCUUAUUUGAUAUCACCCCGAGUUGCUGUUCCGAACCUCUCUUUCGCAUUGGCCCUCCAACCAAGCCGCUUAUGCGUUAGUUCCGCUUAUACGUUAGUUACUGAAAACCUGAGGAAGUCAAUCAGUCCGUCGCUCUUGCCCUUCGUCACAGCGUUUUAGGGUUCUCGACCAACCCACAAGCAUCCUCUAGAACACCGAACUGCUCCAAACCACGAAAGGAUCUUAAAGACCCACCACAAAUAUACCCAAAGAAAUAUCACAAAAAACCCCCCCUUUUUUUUUUGAAAGAACCAGAUAUCCCUCUCAUUUCACCAUGACAUCGAACCGUACCCGCCGUAUCGCCAAGGAGCUCGCAGAUAUCCAUGCAGACCAGCACUCGCAAAUCUUGGCUGAUCCGGUUGGGGGCGGAGAUGAUUUGACACAUUUGAGAGGCUCCUUUCGAGGGCCUCCCGGAACUCCCUACGAGGAAGGAACCUAUUAUGUUGAUAUCAAGAUACCCUCCGAAUACCCUUUCCGCCCGCCUGUGAUGAAAUUUAUAACCAAAGUCUGGCAUCCGAAUAUCAGUAGCCAAACUGGUGCCAUUUGCCUCGACACUCUCUCUACCGCCUGGUCUCCCGUCCUGACCAUCAAGUCUGCUCUGCUCUCCCUCCAGUCCCUCCUCAGCACACCCGAACCUAAAGACCCUCAAGAUGCGGAGGUGGCCAACAUGCUUAUGCGAAACCCGAAGGAGUUCGAGCGGGUUGCCCGACAGUGGGCUGUUCAGCAUGCAGGCGCCCCCAAACGGCAACUAGGUGAAAGUAGCGGCGGCGCCACUGAUGAAUCCAUCCGUAAACAGCAACUAAAGUCGAAGGAAGAGGAGGAAAAAGAGCAAUUGGCUGCGUACGACGGCUACAACAAGGACCUCGUCGAUCGAUUCUGUCAUAUGGGAUUCGACGUGUCACGGGUAGUAUCGGCUUUCAAGUAUGUUGGCAUUGAUCGGAUGGAUGGCGAGGAUUACGAAUUGGAAGAAGCAUAUAUGGGUGAUGUUACGGCACGUCUGCUUGGGGAGCCAUGAAGGGAUGCUCUUAUUAUUUUACCUCUAUUUCUUUUUAACACAGAUACACACCCAACCUGUUAUUCUGCAUGUUGCAUUUGAAAAUCUAUGUGGAGAAAGCUCCUUUUUUUGGGAGGGGGAAGAGUAAUCCGUUCCACACAGCCCUCAAGUUCCAAUGUU